GAACGGUUCCUUUUCCGGUGUACACCGUGUAAACAAUUUCUUUAACCAUGGGUAAAAGAAAUAAUAUGAUCCCUAAUGGCCAUUUCCAUAAGGAUUGGCAAAGAUUUGUAAAAACCUGGUUCAACCAGCCAGCUAGGAAAUACCGUCGUAAACAAAAUCGUGUGAAAAAAGCUCGUGCAGUUGCACCAAGACCUGUCAAGCUUUUAAGGCCUGUUGUUCAUUGCCCAACAUUCCGUUAUCAUACCAAAGUUAGGGCUGGCAAAGGUUUUACCUUGGCUGAAAUUAAAGCCAGUGGUUUGAACAAAAGAUUUGUUAAAACUAUUGGAAUUGCAGUGGAUCCUAGAAGGAGAAACAAGUCAGUUGAAUCUUUACAGACAAAUGCUCAACGAUUGAAAGAAUACAAAUCCAAAUUGAUUCUCUUCCCAUUGAAUGACAAGAAACCUAAGAAGGGUGAUGCAACCGAGGAGGAGAUGAAGACAGCAAGUCAAGUUAAAGGAGAAGUUAUGCCUAUAAGACACCAGGCACCAGCCAAAGCUAAAGCACGUACCAUUUCUGAAGAAGAGAAGAAAUUCUCUGCAUACAUAACUCUUCGUAAAGCUAGGGCUGAUGCUAGAUUAGUGGGAAUCCGCGCGAAACGUGUGAAGGAUGCAGCGGAAAACCCUGAUGAUGUUACAAAGGAUAAGAAAGUAACCACCAAGAAGUAACUUUAAACUUCAUGUCUUUGUAUAAAUAUGAAAAAUAAAUUCUCUUUUGAGAAAAACAAAA